AUGAGGGAAACCAAGCUGCACAUCCCCAUGACCACCGCCACCGGCGAGACCAUCGGCAUCGUCGGCAUCCUCGCCCAGAUCGCCCUGCCACCGCACAACCCACAGGAACACGAACCGCAUCCCAUGUACACCUCGCGCUCCACCACCGCACCCAUCGAGCGCGCGCAUCCAGCCCACGCUUCGCAUCGCUCCGACAUCUCGAACGAUCCCUCGUCGUCCUCGCGCUCCCAAACCGCCGGCAUGAACCUCGACGACGACCCGGACACCAUGCAGCGUCUGCGCAACAAGGACCAGGCCUUCAAGCGUCGCGGCUACCCCAUCUAUCCCAUCGACAAGCGCGACACCCGCGGCCUCAAGAUCGCCAUCAUCCUCCACGGCGUCCUCGCGCACAAGGACCAGAUCUACCACAAGCAGCUCGCGCGCGCCCUCCCCGUCGACUCGUUCCGCUUCGACUUCCGCGCCAACGGAGAGACUCCGGGAACGUGGUCCAUGGGCAACCUCGCCGACGACGUAGAGGACCUCGUGGCCGUCGUCGACUAUCUGCGCACCAAGCUCGAGUACACGGUGGAGAUCGUCAUUGGCCACUCGCGCGGUGGGCUCGACGGCUUCGCCUGGUUCGCAAAGCACUGUCCGGACGCGCUGCCGCCGUCGCUGCGCGUGCCCUUCUUUGUGGGGCUCUCGGCGCGCUUCAACAUGGCCAACAUUCACGAGCGCGAUCCGGCCUAUCUGUCCGCCUUUGCCAAAGAGGGCUUCUUCCGCUGGCAGGCGCGCGUGGCGGGGCAGGACAAGGAGCUGCACGUCUACCCGGAGCAGGUGGACCAGUUUGCCGCCUGGCCCACACGAGAGAUCGCCCUGGCUUUCCCGUACAAUACCGACGUGCUGCUCAUCCACGGUACGGCGGACAAGUCGGUGCCCGCGUCGGACGUGGCGUCGUACGGCAACAUCCUGAGCGGCGUGCAUAGGCGGCCGGGCAGCUGCAGCAUCAAGCUCAUCGACCAUGCCGACCACCUCUUUCGCGGCUUCUAUCCGCAGGUGGUCGAGGCGAUUGUAGAGUGGCUGCGCGAACGCAGCGAGUUGACCAAGAUGGGGCUCUCGGCCGCGGCGAUUCGCGACCGCGAUACGCUGGGGCUCGCGAGGUUCAAUCCGACGCACUUGCAGCAGGGCAGGUCCGGUCCGCACAUGUGGGAUAACAAUCUCGCCGCGGGCAAUCCGCGCGGGCCUGCACAGGCGGCACCGCCCUGGAUGGACACCCCCGCCGCAGGUGCAGCAGGUGCGGCACAGCUGCCACCCGGCCAUGCAUCCGACUCGCCGUAUGCGCGCUAUCUCAGUGCGGCGGUGGCCACGGCGCCGUCCACGCCGGAUGGGCGGUCGAGAGCCCAGCCGGACGUCGAGCAGGCGGACACAUCCGAAGAGAUCGGCACCGACGCAUGGCCCGCCGGACACCCACUUGCACAUUCCCGGUCGUCAUCUUCAUCGUCAGCGCCACCAGCGUCGGUAGCGGGCACCGCCUCCCGCACCCGCACAAAGGCGCAUCUAUAG